AGCAGAUCCAGGCUCAGAUCAGCUCCGUUUUACCCUGAACUUCUGCCAGUGAGAGAAAGAAAAAUCGCAAGACGGAGAGAAAGUUAAUUCUGUAGGAAUUCAACAUCUCCUCCACAAUUCACUCUCUUCCCUGAGAGAGAAAAGACUCCAGAGCACCUGGAGUUAAAGGAUCUUAAUGCUUAAAUACACAAUUAGACUUCAGGUUACAGACAUGCACGCACCUCCCAGAGUACACACAGCAGUCUAAUGCUGUCCUGCUGGAGUUUCUCACUUUAUUGACAUGGAACCUGCUGCAGCACUCGGGACUGGAUGUUUCCUCUCACAUCUGAGAGCAGAGGACUUUGUAGAUUUGCAGCCUUCAGACGAUAUUUUGCUUUUUGACUUUUGAAGUUUUGCUUUUGCUUUUUGAAAAAUGGCUAAAAGUCUGUAUGCACAGCUCAACCCACAGCAAGUGACAGUUGCUCACUGGAAACGACCUGAUGUGACUACUGAUUUAUUUGAAAUGAUUGAGAAAAUGCAGAGCAACAGAAUGGACGAGCAACGAUGCACUCUUCCUCCUCCUCUCAAAACCGAGGAAGACUACAUCCCUUACCCUAGCGUCCAUGAGGUUCUCGGCAGAAAGAGUCCAUUUCCCUUGAUUCUGCUGCCCCAGUUUGGAGGUUAUUGGAUUGAAGGGACCAAUCAUGAGAUGAGCAAUGGGAUCGACCUGGACCAGCUCCUGUCUCCCAACUCACGCUUCAAAUUGGAGUGCAACACCACUGCUAAGAUCUACAGGAAGCAUUUUCUGAGCAAAGAACACUUUAAUUACUAUACAGUGGACAGUGCCCUGGGCCACCUGGUGUUCUCCAUGAAAUAUGAUGUUAUCGGGGACCAAGAGCAUCUUCGUCUCAUGCUCAGAACGAAAAUGAAAACAUAUCACGACGUGAUUCCAAUAUCUUGUCUGACCGAAUUCCCCAACGUUGUCCAGAUGGCCAAGCUCGUCUGUGAAGAGGUGAACGUGGACCGAUUUUUCCCCGUGCUUUACCCAAAGGCCUCCAGGCUCAUCGUCACAUUCGACGAACACGUGAUAAGCAACAACUUCAAGUUUGGAGUCAUUUAUCAGAAGUUUGGACAGACUUCAGAGGAGGAGUUGUUUGGGAAUAACGAGGAGAGUCCUGCUUUGGUGGAGUUUUUAGAGUUUCUGGGACAGAAAAUCGAGCUCCAUGACUUCAAAGGGUUUCGUGGAGGAUUGGAUGUAACACAUGGACAGACAGGCUCUGAAUCUGUGUACCACAAUUUCCACAACAAGGAGAUCAUGUUCCAUGUGUCAACUAAGCUGCCUUACACAGAGGGCGAUACACAGCAGCUACAAAGGAAGAGGCAUAUAGGAAACGACAUCGUGGCCAUCGUGUUUCAAGAAGAAAACACUCCAUUUGUGCCAGACAUGAUUGCCUCCAACUUCCUGCAUGCCUAUGUAGUGGUGCAAGUUGAAAAUGCCUGUUCUGACAACGUCCUCUACAAGGUUUCAGUAACAGCGAGAGAUGACGUCCCCUUCUUUGGACCACCCCUCCCCAACCCAGCCAUUUUCAAGAAAGGUCCGGAGUUUCGUGAAUUCUUGCUUACCAAGCUGAUCAAUGCUGAAUAUGCUUGUUACAAAGCUGAAAAAUUUGCCAAAUUAGAGGAGCGCACCAGGUCUGCCCUUCUGGAGACGCUGUACGAGGAGCUGCACAUCAACAGUCAGGCUAUGAUGGGGCUGGGAGGAGAGGAGGACAAACUGGAGAACGGAGGAGGAGGGGGAGGGGGCUUCUUUGAGUCUUUCAAGCGGGUGAUCCGCAGCAGGAGCCAGUCUCUGGACACCAUGGGCCUCAAUAUCAGGAAGUACACAGUCUCCAAUAGUCACAGCGGCAGUUUCACCCACAACAACAACAACAACCACCACUCACCAGAGACCCCCAAACCCCCUGGGAUAUCAUUGCUUGUCCCAGGCAAAAGUCCCAGUAAAUAUGGACGGCGUGGCAGUGCCAUAGGAAUAGGAACCAUAGAAGAGUCUUUGAUCAUUCCUGGAAAAAGCCCAACUAGGAAAAAGUCAGGACCCUUCAGCUCGCGACGUAGCAGUGCUAUCGGCAUUGAGAACAUCCAGGAGGUCCAGGAGAAGAGAAUUGCCGCUCUUUUGUCAGAGGACAGGACAGUGCUCUGUCUCUCUCUACCCAGCGUCACUCUCAAGAAUGGGAGGCUCAUCGUGGAUCCCUCCAACAGUAGAGAGUGCUCUCCCAGCACACAGAAGACUCCUGACAGCGGCCACGCCUCCCAGGACCCCAAGUCUGAAAACUCCUCCAAUCAGAGCUCUCCUGAGGUGCUCAUCACCAAAAACAGCUCAAGCAUUUACUGCCGGGCUCCGUCCAUUCCUGAGGCUCAUGACCUGUCCCGCUCCUCCUCUAAUGCUAGCAGCUUUGCUAGUGUGGUAGAGGAGAAUGAAACAGAGGCCACAGAGGACUAUGACACUGGCAUGGAAAGUCUGUCGUCAGCAGAUACUCCUCAUAAACGAGACUCGUUCACGUACAGCACAUGGCUGGAGGACAACAUGAGCACUACCAGUACAACCAGCAGGGGGAGCUCUCCUGCUGGCAAAACGGAUGGUGGAAAGAACCAGGAGCAGAACCGUACAGACAUCCGCAUCAAGCUUGAGCGACCGCAUGACCACAAGUCCACAUCGAACUGCUAGCCCCUCCUGCUUGACUGCCUCAUGGACAUCCAUCAACAGCAUUUCCAUUAGAAACACCUUAGAGAGAAAAGGAGAGCUCGAGUUUAUGCUGUUACUUGAUGAAGAAGCGGACGAUGAUAAAGUUGGCUGCAGAAGAGACAUCAUGUGAAAAUACCUCCAUUCACUACCCUCUCAAACUUGACUGGAACUAGGAAGAAGUUGGUUACAGGCAGUCAGAGACUGUGCAUUGGCUCUCCUUAAGGCUUGACAUUCAGUCCCCUUGUGAGUACAUCAGUAAAUGAAUGAGAACCUCUUCUGUAGCAGCGUCUACUGACACGCCACUGUGCUGGUGAGUGGCUAAACUAGCAGGUUAUUUGAGGUCCUAACACUGUGCUGAAAUUCAAUUCUGUGAAGUUUGUCUCCUAAAGACCAUUUCAUCUGCUUGCACGAUGAAAGCUUUUUCAGCCCUGUCCCAAAUGGUGGACUCUGAAACAGGAUAGAGCAUAAUGCAUCCUUCUGAAACCCAAGAUGACAAAUGGGAUGCGCUACGGUCUCGAGGACUACACUGCAAGUACAGUACAUGUUAAAUGUGCUAUUUAGGACAGGGCCAUAGAGACCAAAUCAUUUCUCAUAUUCUGAUAUUGAUGUUCUGUCGUUCAGAUUUCAGGUGUGAAAACCCUUGCAGCUGUGCAAUACAUUCUUUGGCAUUAUUUAAGAGUAACAGCACUCCAAAAGUUCAAAGAAAACAAAACAUGUCGUUUAUCAACGACUGAUAUUUCACUUCAGUUAAAAUGCAUAGAGAUACACCGAUUUUAAAAUAUAUAAUUGUCAUCAUGUUAUGGCCGAUAUUUGUGAAAAAAAAAAAAAAGUAAACUUUUUAAAUGCUACAAGUAUUGUUUUUGGUCCAUGUAGCAUUUAUAUUUCAUUCGAAAUGCACUACAGUUCGUUUGGAAGCGGAUCGAGACCACUUGUUUGGUGUGCACCAGGGUUCGGAUGGUAGCGUUCACACUUACUCAAAUGAACCGCACUAACAGAGCAAUCGCACCAGAGUUCAUUUUAAUCGAACUAAACAAGACAAGUGUGAACACACCCUAAAUGUAAAAAUAGAGUUUUAAAAAAGCAUGAAAGUUAUUGCGACAUUUUAUCUCACAAUUCUGACUUUUUUUUUUUUUGUUAGAAUUGUGAUACAAACAUUUGCGAGUUAUAAAGUCAGAAUAGUGAGAUAUAAACUCCCAUUUUGAGAAAUAAAAUCAGAAUUGCAAAAACUCACAAUUGCGAGCCAUAAAGUCAGAAUUACAAGAAAUGAAGUCAGACUUGCAAGAUAUAAACACAGCUGUCAGAAUUGCUAAAUGUGAACUUGCAAUUGUGAGAAAUAAAGUCAUAUUUGUGAGAAAUAAACUCAGAAUUGUGAGAAAUAAAGUAAAAAUUGCAAGAUAUAAACUCAGAAUUGCGAGAUAUGAAGUCAGAAUUGCUAGAAAUGAAGUCAGACAUGCAAGAUAUAAACAAUUGCGAAAAAUAAAGUCAGAACUUGCAAAAACUAACAAUUGCGAAAAAUAAAGUCAGAAUUGCAAGAAAUGAAGUCAGACAUGCAAGAUAUAAACACAAUUGCAAAAAAUAAAGUCAGAAUUGCAAAAACUAACAAUUGCGAAAAAUAAAGUCAGACUUGCAAGAUAUAAACACAAUUGCGAAAAAUAAAGUCAGAAUUGCAAAAUAUAAACUUGCAAUUGCGAGAAAUGAAGUCAGAAUUGUGAGAUAUAAACUCACAAUUGUGAGAUAAACUCACAAUUGCGAGAUUAAAACAGUUGCGAGUAAUAAAGUCAGAAUUGUGAGAUAUAAACACAAUUGCAAGAAAUAAAGUCAGAAUUGUUAGAUGUAAACACAGUUGCAAUAAAAAAAUAUCAAAAUUGUGAGAUAUUGUCACAAUUACCUUUUUUUAUUUUGUAUUCCAUGGUAGAAACAGGCUUCCAUAAAUAUAGGCCAGUACUGAUGACUUGAUACAUUUCUAUGAAUUAAAACAUAUAUAGUGAAGCUUGUAUUUAUUGUGCAAAUGAUGCAGUAAGUCAGAAACUGGAGGGUGCCGUUACUCUUAAAUAAUUUAUUUAUCUGCCAUUAUCACUUGUGCAUGGAGAAAUGGGGCAUUUUAAUGAGUGCAACUCAAAAGAAAAUAUUCAUAUUUAAUUAUUCAAAAUAUGAUAGUUUCGUGAAGUGUGACAGACACCCUCUGAUUAUAUUAGAUUAGCCAUUGCAGAUGCCUUACCUUACCCUCAAACAGAUCAGAUCAGCCAUGUCAGUGUUACAACAACAGUGAGUAAACAUACUAAUUCAGCUUGGUUUUCUUACCAGCUAACCAAGCAGGACUAACUGCAAGUCAUGGUUUAUGCUCAGCUUUGUUUCACCAGUUGGACAUGUUGAUUGUUUGUCUGUUUGCCACAUAAGCAGCUCAUGAUAAAUGCUGCAGGGUCUUGUGGUGGCUGUUUUUCAUAAACUGUAUAAAAAUCCCUAGUGGAGGUCCUUUCCUUAUGUUGACUCAAUUGGCUCUUUGCUUUGUGUUUGAACGUACAGAUGGUUUGAUGUCUGAACUGUGUGCCAAAGUGACAGUCCUCUUUUAAACACUCAGUCUAGACAGGACUUGUGAGUUAAAAACAAAUGUGCUGUUGCUAGUCUAUAAACCAAUCAUUAAUGCCAAAAAUCAGUCAAUGUGAUGUUUGCUCUUUUAGUUAAAAGGCAAAAAGCAUUGAAUGGAGCUUAAAUAUGGCAGAGUGGUUUGGGGUUGCCUUACUCUAAGUGUCAAAAUAUAUGUAGGGGAAAGCUGAGCAGAGUUUUUUGUAAUCUAUUUAUGAUAAAUGAUUGGCCUUACCGGCUUCCAUUAAACUGCCUUUAUACCGUCUUGUCCUACACCAUUAAAUGUUAUGUAGUUCAUGUUUGUUUUAUACAUUUCCCAUAAUUGAUCCGUCAGACGUUGGCUGUGUCCAAAACCUGAAAAAUGCCUUGCAGGAUCAUGUGGCAUUGAUUAAAAAGUAAUGGCUGCUGAUAAUUCAGUUUAUAAAUUAUGUUUAUGAAUAAAUUAUGUUUUAAAAUAUAUUAAAUAGCAAUUAAAUUUCACAAUAUUACAGUUUUGCUGUACUUUAUCAAAUAAAUAAGGUUGCCAGAGGUUUUGGACACAGCCAUUGUGAGAUGUUGCAUUAAAAUAAAUAAUAUUUAGGUUAUUUUUUCUGUGUUAUACCAGACUAAAUGGCUGUACAUCAUCACAGUAUCUACAGAGAAUUACUAACACCGUAACUACAACCCUAGAGGUCCUGGGAUCAGUUGUGUACCAAUUAAAAAUACUCAAAUAUGUUGGAAAUAUGAUUUUAGGCUGCUGUUGUUUGCACUGCGCAGGGCAUGUGUGCCCCCUUGUGGUGAGUCAUGAUUCUUGCACCAUUUAUAAUUUGCAGUGUCCAUGUACAUGGCUGUAAUUGCUGUUCCUGUGCAGAAGUCAAAUUUGUCUGGGAAAUAAAAGAUGCAGCACAAAAUCAAUGCUGAUGACAGGGUAUGAAUUUUUAGACAUUGUUAUGCUUUUCUUUUAGCUGCUGCUUCUGUGACCUUUUCCUGUGCAAUCAUUGUAAAUACUGCUUUUUUGUACAUACUGCCCAGAGAAUCGGAAGAAAAUAAACUUGAGUGUGAUAUUUCAUUGAAAA